AUGACUACAUUAAUGAGUGCGACUCUGCUUCAUCUGGUGAGCCUAAGUCCUCACAUCCUACAAUUUGUCCUUCAGAAGAUCUCCGAAUUGACGAUAGUUGGAUCGCCAGACAUGAACAAGAUAAUUCGCUCAGCGUACGGGACACAAACAGAAUAUCAAGAUCUUUCCACAGAAGCCAUCGGACAUUGGAAUACGUGGAACGAAGAGAUCAGCAAUGGAAUAUGUGUGCCCAAUGGUUUCAAACGGACGGACAAAGUCUUUAUCAACAAUGGCAACCUAUCGUUGACCGAUCAAGACGAACUACCAGAAUUUGAAAUCGCAACCAUUCGAAAUAUGAAUGCUGCGGGGCUUCCCGAUACACAGCUUAUUACGACGGAAAGUCGGCAUGUUGAAAUAGCUAAUCGCAAGGGCUUUGGAUUUGCCAUUGAUCCUUUCCUACGGAAGGUGAGAGGGAAGAGCUACCUCGGUGUUCUCGAUACGACUGGAGGAGUCGCCGUUGCUGACAAGGCCUGUCGCUUUGCUCUACACAAAGCCAAAUGGCUUGGAGUCAAUCUUGAACUAGGGCCCAAUUCCGGUGCAUUCGAAGCCUUCUGUUACGAUGAUGCCGGGAUUAUCAUCGGAAUUCGGACGAAAGACCAGAAGUGUCAUCUUGCGUCGAAGAUCAUCAUGGCUUGUGGAGGGUGGACGCCUUCGUUGCUUCCAGAGCUGGAUGGAAUCUGCGAAACUACCGCUGGUUCCGUUGUGAUGCUCAAAAUACCGUCAGAUUCUCCUCUUUCCGAACGAUUUGGUCCGGACAAGUUUCCCUCUUGGACCUACAAAGUCAGGGACGGGGCAGAAGGUGGACUCUAUGGCUUCCCACGAGAUGGGAGAGGCUAUAUGAAAAUCGGCUACCGAGGGACAAAAUACACCAAUCCUAAGUUUCAAAAAGACGGCAAGGAGCGUAGCGUUCCUGUGACCAGGUAUACUUCCGGAGAACAGAUUACACAAAUACCCAAACAGGCGUUGAAAGUUAUCAAAAGUUUCCUGGCGGACUUUCUUCCUGAACUGGCGGAAAACGGAAUUGGCAUCGACCUUACUCGGCUCUGUUGGUACACUGACUCUUUCGACAACCACUACGUCAUUGACAACUUACCCCAGCAAAAGUCUGUGAUGGUUGCUACAGGGGGAAGUGGUCAUGCCUUUAAAUAUCUUCCCAAUAUUGGCAAGUGGGUGGUUGAUAUCAUGGAAGGCGUCGAUAUGGACCGCACUCUGAUUCGGAGCUGGCGCUGGAGAGAAUUGCAACCAGGGACACGGCCGGUAAAUGUACUCAUGGAAGGUAGCAACGGUCCAAGGGUUCUCAGGAAUGUCAACCUCUCUACCGACGGCGAUUUCAACAUAGGUGGAGAAUCGGCGCUAUGA